AUGGCUGAAGAUGACGCUGAGAACGCCUUCUUUCAGGCCCAAGCCAUGAAUGUUGGCUCAAUGGAUGAUAAUAAUGGUGCUAAAGAUCAGGAUGAGAAUGCCUCGGAUUCGGACGACUACGAUCCUUCUAGUACACUCCAAGGACAGUAUCCUGGGCCCUCGGAGGAACCCAACUCCGGCGAAAACACCUCCCCAGAUACUCCUACUUCAGUUUCGCAGCCCAAACCCCAGACUUCCCUUCCCCAAGACGCGGACCCUAGUCAGCAGACUGGCAGUGCCUACCCAUCUCAGCCACCUUCACGACCCGAGUCUCAGACUUCGACGUCAGUACCGGCCUCUGGUACCUCAGUUCAACCGAAAACCAGAACUAUUGGUGGGUUUGUGGUUGAGGAUGAGGAUGAGGAUGACACGGGGGAUGCAGAUUAUGAGCCACCAGCUGUACUAGGUGUCGAGGACUUGAAUACUAUACCUUCGCAUCCCACUCCAGGAAAUGCAAAUGAAGCUACUUCUACCCCUGAUGUAUCAUUUGGUGAAGCUGCGCAUGAAUCUGCCAGCGCGAAGAAUGUUCCUAAUAGUUCUCUUUCCUCUGUUCCUCUCGCUUUUAAGAAUGAUGGGUCUAUGAAUACAGACCAGAAUCUGUACAACUCACGUACUUCCUUGCAGCCCGAAACUGCGCAAGGUAGUGCAGCAGUCACUCCUACACCAGACUCUCCCUCUACCGUCAAAGGUCGCUUGCCUCAUGAUCGAGUCGGAAUACUAGAAGACAGAAUACAGGAAGAUCCUCGAGGUGACAUCCCUGCCUGGCUCGAGUUGAUUAAUGAACACAGGGGCCGCAAUAGGAUUGAUAGUGCUCGAGAUGUUUACGAACGGUUUUUGCAGGUGUUUCCUCUAUCUGCCGAAGCAUGGGUGGCAUACGCAACCAUGGAAUCCGAACUCAACGAGCUAUUUCGUCUCGAACAAAUAUUUAAUAGGACGCUUCUUACUAUUCCGGCGGUUCAACUGUGGACGGUCUACUUAGAUUACGUGCGACGCCGCAACCCUCUAUCAACGGACACAACUGGGCAGGCCCGAAGAAUUAUCUCAUCCGCAUAUGACCUUGCGCUUCAGCACAUCGGUAUGGACAAAGACUCUGGGUCUAUCUGGUCCGACUAUAUUCAGUUCAUCCGCUCUGGACCGGGUAACGUCGGAGGUUCUGGAUGGCAGGACCAGCAGAAAAUGGAUCUCCUCCGCAAGGGCUACCAGAGAGCCAUCUGUGUUCCAAUGCAGGUGGUAAACACGCUAUGGAAAGAAUACGAUCAGUUUGAGAUGGGUCUUAAUAAACUUACGGGACGGAAGUUCUUGCAAGAACAGUCACCUUCGUAUAUGACCGCACGCAGCUCCUAUACCGAGUUGCAAAACUUCACACGAGACUUGAUCCGGACAACAUUCCCCAGGUUACCUCCUGUCCCUGGUUCGGAUGGAGACGUCGAGUUUUUGCAACAAAUUGAGAUCUGGAAACGCUGGAUUAGCUGGGAGAAAGGAGAUCCUCUGGUUUUGAGGGAAGACGACCUAGCUGCAUACAAAACUCGUGUGGCCUACGUUUACAAGCAAGCUCUUAUGGCGCUUAGGUUUCUUCCGGAAAUCUGGUUCGAGGCAGCUGAUUUCUGUUUCCUCAACGACAUGGAGACAGAAGGAAACGAUUUUUUGAAAAACGGCAUCGAUGCUAACCCUGAAAGUUGUUUGCUUGCAUUUAAACGUGCCGAUCGGCUUGAAAUCACUUCGGAAUCUGAACAAGAUCCCAUCAAACGAGGCACCAAGGUAAGGGAGCCGUAUGACAGGCUUCUUGAUUCGCUUUACGAUUUGAUUGCCAAAGCACGCACGCGAGAAACACAAGAUGUUGCUCGCCUUGAGGAAACAUUUAAGUCGAAUCCCGAUACACCGCCAGUGAGAAAUGAUGACGAUGACGAUGAUGACGAUCAGAGGGAAAUAAAAACUAAAGAAUCUGUCAAAAAUUCCCAGAUCGAGGCGGUUCGGAAUGCGCAUUCCAUACAGAUUGGUAUAUUAUCCAAAACCGUUUCCUUCGCGUGGAUAGCUCUUAUGCGUGCCAUGCGCCGCAUCCAGGGCAAAGGCAAGCCUGGAGAAAUCCCUGGAUCCCGGCAAGUCUUUGCAGAUGCCCGAAAGAAGGGACGCAUCACGAGUGAUGUCUAUAUUGCGAGCGCUCUCAUCGAGUACCAUUGUUACAAGGAUCCAGCUGCCACCAAGAUCUUUGAACGGGGGGCUAAACUAUUUCCCGAUGAUGAGAAUUUCGCUCUCGAAUAUUUAAAGCAUUUAAUCGAUAUCAAUGAUGUCAUUAAUGCCCGAGCAGUGUUCGAGAUGACAGUGAGAAAGCUUGCCUCAAACCCUGAUAACGUACAUAAGACCAAGCCUAUAUUUGCAUUCCUUCAUGAAUAUGAGUCAAGGUACGGUGAUUUGGUCCAGGUCAUAAAUCUCGAGACUCGCAUGCGCGAACUAUUCCCAGAUGAUCCAACAUUGGAGCAAUUUGCGUAUCGAUUUGCCACUCCUAACUUCGAUCCUACGACUUUUCGACCCAUAAUCUCUCCUUCCCAAACAAGACCGAAGACGGGAUAUCCUGGGGCGCAAGUGACAUCUCGCCACGGCACUCCUACAUCAAGACCUCAGGAUCAUUCAGUCACUCAUUCACCCAAGAGACCGCUAGAGGAUUUCGAUGAUGAUAUUUCGCGGCCUCGCAAAUUUGUUCGGGGCGAGUCGCCCCUAAAAACAACACAGAGACGACAAUUGGAUCAGCAAAAGCGAACGCAGCCGACGCUCCAAGUUCCAACAAGUGGGUCGCAAUACCGAUCUCAGGGCUCGCCCGCUCCAUUACCUCGCGAUAUUGUAUAUCUACUCAGUGUUAUUCCCGCGGCUUCAACCUACACCGCUGGCCGCUUCUCGGCAGACAAGAUGGUCGACCUUAUCCGCCGACUGGACAUGCCAGCUUCUAUCUCGCAAAUACCCUUACCUCAAUCUGCGCGUGGGCUCGGGACAGGGCAAACGACUAUAGGAGGGCAACAAUUCUCCGGGGCGUACCGUUAG